CAUUCCAGGAGUUGAAUGUUGUGGUGACGCGCGUCAAUGGGGCCUACCUUAGCAUUUUGAUCCAAACCGAAUCUGAUGUGGUGAAGAUAUCUGAUGGAAUCUUAUCGCUUGGACAACAAAGCGUGGUGGUGCCUUACAUCAACACUCGGCUACACAUCACUCGGUUUGGGAUGGGACUCAAGAUCACCCUACGCAAUCCUGGUAUAAAGAUUAUCUGGGCCCAAGACGUCUUGUUGGUGGUGGUUGGCAGAGGUGCUCGUGAUGGCAUGUGUGGACUUUGCGGAAACUUUGAUGGGCAAAAAGAGCUGAGUGCUAAUUAUGAGAAUAUUGACUUGGAGGCAUACGAGUACCCGCAGAGACUGAACCAGGAGUGUGAGGUGAAGAGUACAGCGUGUUCCAAACCUUGGAUGUGGAGCACCUGCAGUUUGGCAAUACAGCGCAUGGGUCCAUGUGACGUGCCUGCAUCUGGCUUCGUGGCUAUGUGCAUGCACGAGCAGUGUCAUUGCGAAAACCAAACCAUGUGUGGCUGCCCCUCGCUCACCGCCUUCUCACUCGAGUGCAUCAUCGGAGGUGCCACUUUGGCCUCCUGGCGCACGUCGAACCUCUGUGCUCCCCAGAAUUGUCCUGGUGACCUUGUAUACGAGGAGUGUGGCUCCACCUGCCCACAGACCUGUGCCAACCCCUUCCAGCCCAUGUGCCAGGGUUGUGUACCUGGCUGUUUUUGUCCACCUGGCUCUGUGCUAAACGUGAGCAAUGGGACUACCUGCGUGUUGCUGAGCGAGUGCAACUGCACUCUGAAUGGAGACGCGUACAGCCCUGGUGCCAUUUCCCAACAGGGUUGUCGAAGCUGUGUGUGCAAGGCUGGCCAAUGGAGCUGUGAUGCCCUGCAGUGUGCUGAUGGUUGCUCCCUGGAGGGUGGCUCCAACUUCAUCACGUUUGACCACAAGUCUUUCCGCUUCAAUGGAAACUGCUAUUACUACCUUUCCAUGAGCGCUGAUUGGGUCAUUGAAGUUCUACUCCGACCAUGUUCAUCAUUUCCAGUUGAAAGAGCUUGCUUGAAGAGCGUAACUCUGAAGUCUCAAUCGAUAUCCUAUGAAUUCAAAAACAAUGGUGACGUCCUGUCUUCUAAAAUGAUUGUCCCGCUGCCUCACGAGUCCGGCAAAAUCACCAUUUAUAAGACUUCUUCAAUGUUCCUACAAGUGUUCACGUCAUUUGGCCUGAAAAUGCAGGUGCAGAUCUCUCCCAGCAUGCAAGUGUAUAUCACACUGCCUGAAGCAUUUAGGGGCCAGACAAAAGGGCUGUGUGGAAACUUCAAUGGAGUUGCUACGGAUGACUUCAUGUCCAGCCAGGGGCUGGUGGAAGGCACAGCUGUUGUGUUUGCCAAUUCCUGGAAGGCAAGCUCUGAUUGUGAGGACAUUGAUACAAUGGUUCAAGAUCCAUGCCUACUCAACAUGGCCAUAGCGGAAAGCGCCGAGCGCGACUGCUCCUUUCUACGAGCACCUGGAAUCUUUGCCGAGUGCCAUGACCUGCUAGACCCCUACAAAUACUACAAGAGGUGCAUAUCAGAUGCGUGCAGCUGCCCAGCAGGCCAGGAUUGUGUGACGGAGACUCAGUUUGCCUAUGCCCGUGCCUGUGCAUCCAAAGGCCGUGUGCUGCGUGGAUGGAGGGAAGCCACUGAUUCACUGGUGGGGUGUCUACAGAACCAGUUAUUUAGUUACGCCAGUGAUGGCUGUAAACGAACGUGCCGCUCUCUGAGCAACCGAGAUGUGGCAUGCACCGUGACUGAUGUGCCUGUGGAAGGUUGCCAGUGCCCUAGGGGGCUGUAUGCGGACGACCAAGGGAAAUGUAUUUCUGUGGCUAGCUGUCCCUGUUUCCUGAAUGGCGAGAAGAUUCAACCAGGUGCAUUUGUCUACAUAAAUGGUCUUUCUUGUUAUUGUAAGAAUGGAGUACUGCGCUGCCAAGAUUACCCAGAAUGUAAUCCCCCAAUGGUUUAUACCGACUGCAUCAACAGCCAGAGUGGUGUUUAUGGGAAGGCUUGUGAGAGAACCUGCGAGUUGCAGCAACCCCCAUGUCUCGGCGUACGGUGCUAUCCAGGCUGCGUUUGUCCAAAGGACCUUGUGAAGAAUCGCAAUGGCACCUGUGUCCUACCUCGUUUUUGCCCGUGCCAGCACAAUGGCAUUACAUAUGCACCUGGGGAUUCCAUCCAAGUUGAUUGCAACCAAUGCAACUGUUCCAAUGGUUUCUGGAACUGCACCAAGAACUACUGUGCAGCUGUCUGCAAGACAUUUGGGAAUGGCCAUUACUCCACAUUUGAUGGAAAGAGUUUCUUGUUUAAUGGACACUACUGUGAAUACGUAGUGGUGCAGGACUACUGUGGCACCAGUCCACAAAAUGGAACGUUCCAGAUCGCCGUGGAGAACGUACUGUGUGGCAAUACCUUGUCCACUUGCUCCAAAUCCAUAAGAUUCUUCCUGCAGGACCAAGAAAUAAAAUUGGCAGAUGGGACCUAUUCAUUCUCUCCCAGGUCCAGUACCAGGAGUAUUAGCAGCACACACAGAUUUAGGGUGUAUUCUGUUGGGCUGUACCUAAUUGUCGAUGCUUCAAAUGGAAUAAAACUAGUAUGGGACCGCAAGACAACCCUGUUCAUUAAGGUCACUCCAGACAGGAAGAAUGAGCUGUGUGGCCUUUGUGGAAAGUACAACGGAGAUGUGUCUGACGACUUCACCAUGCGGGACCACUCGGUGUCGGCUAAUGCGCUUCAGUUUGGGAACAGCUGGAAGGCCGACGAGACGUGCUCGAAUAUGGUUGAGGAAGUCCCUCCUUGUGUGCUGAACUUUAACCGUAAGGUGUCUGCCGAGCGGCAGUGCAGCCUCCUCAGCAGUGGGAUGUUUGCAUCGUGCCACGGAGAGGUGGACUACAUGCCAUACUACGAGGCCUGUGUACGUGACUCGUGUGCAUGCGACACUGGCUUGGAGUGCGCGCUCUUCUGCACGGUAGUGGCUGCCUAUGCAGAGGCAUGCAAUGAGGUUGGCCUGUGCAUCUAUUGGAGGACCCCAGACUUGUGCCCUGUUUUCUGUGACUUCUAUAAUAACCCCAACACAUGCACCUGGCACUACCAUCCAUGUGGCAGUGUCGACACCAAAACUUGUGGUGAUCCAGAAGGCAUCAACCUGGGUGACUUCCCAAGGCUUGAAGGCUGCUACCCUAAAUGUUCAAAUGCUACAUACCUGGAUGAACGCACCUUGCACUGCGUGUCGAGGGAGAACUGCAGCUGUGAGCUAAAUGACACGAUAGUCCUUCCUGGUGAUACUUUCGUGAGCAGGGACACGUGCCAGAUAUGCAACUGUACCAUGGGGCAGCUUCACUGUUCUACAACUGCUGUCUGCUGUAUCUACAAUGGGCACCAAUACAAACCAGGUGACAUCGUCUAUACAAACACCAAUCUCGGUUCGCUGUGCAACGUCACGGGCAUAUGUACCGAUGCCGGCGUGAUUGGCAGUUACACCAGGUGUCCGUCCACGACUCCCACCAUCACAGCAACGUCCCCAUCAUCGACUGCGUUCACCACAGGGAGUGGGUGUUAUUCCCUUGUCCCUCCACGGCAGCAUAUGGAGACUUGGAAAGUGAGCAACUGUAAGAAUGCCACUUGUAUCGACAACAACGUCACCUACACUAUGAAGACUUGCAGCGAGUCCACAAAGCCCAACUGUGUCUUUGUACGCAGUGUUUCUGACAGCGAUGGUUGCUGCACAUGGCAGUGCCAAUGCAAAUGCCAGGGAUGGGGAGACCCCCAUUACAUCACAUUUGAUGGUGUUCGGUACACCUUCCUGGAGGACUGCACUUACAUCCUGGUGGAGGAAAGGGUUAAGCAACAUAACCUUACAAUCCUUCUCGACAACUAUCAAUUCAACCGUGGAAACCCAGCCUCUUUUGUCAGGGGCCUCGUUGUCAACUACAAUGGGAACGCUGUCAACAUGAGCAUCCCAGCCACUCUGGGGAGAAGGCAGAACAUCAUCACGGUAUACUACAACAACGUACUAGUGACGCCACCCUUGUCAUCGAAUGGAAUUGACAUUACCUCCAGUGGAAUUCUGGUGAAGGUGACCAUCCCUGCCAUAGAUGCAACCAUCUCAUUCACUGGAGAUAUGUUCUCAAUCUACUUGCCGUAUGAUUUAUUCAAAAACAACACCCAAGGGCAAUGUGGCAUUUGCAACAACAUCCCCAACGAUGAUUGUGCCUGGCGGAAUGGCACCGCAGAGCCUACGUCGUGCUGCCCUAGCACUGCUUCGAGCUGGGUCAUACCUGAUGUUACCAAGCCUCACUGCCCCUCGAUGUUCAACUCCAGCAAGAACCAGAGCUGCACGCCCUCGACUACGCCGCCUCCGUGCAACAUGAACAUGUCGGUGUGCGGCGCCAUCAACAGCACCAUGUUUUUAAACUGUUCAAAGGUGGUGGGCCUGCAAGAGUUCCUGUUCACGUGCAAGUAUGAUCUGUGCCUAGUGAAUUCCUCACAGGCUGGUUGUGCCAGUAUUCAAGCAGCAGCAGAAAAGUGUGCCCAACUGGGCUACAACGUUGACUGGCGUAAUGCCACCAAUGGAACUUGUGGCUACAACUGCACUAACGGACAGUAUAUGCCACAAGGUCCAAAGAUUGUGAAGUCCUGCUCCAACGGCAGUGUCGUUUCUACCAUACAACAUGAAGAAGGCUGCUAUUGUCCUGAAGGAAACAUACGUUGCAAUGGUUCGUGCAUUCCUGAAAUCAGUACAACCACAAUGCCUUCAACUUCAUUGGCAACGACCACCAGGAAGACGACGCCUACCUCCACUGCAACGACCACCAGGAAGACGACGCCUACCUCCACUGCAACGACCACCAGGAAGACGACGCCUACCUCCACUGCAACGACCACCAGGAAGACGACGCCUACCUCCACUGCAACGACCACCAGGAGGACGACGCCUACCUCCACUGAGGACGCCUACCUCCACUGCAACGACCACCAGGAGGACGCCUACCUCCACUGCAACGACCACCAGGAGGACGACGCCUACCUCCACUGCAACGACCACCAGGAGGACGACGCCUACCUCCACUGCAACGACCACCAGGAGGACGACGCCUACCUCCACUGCAACGACCACCAGGAGGACGACGCCUACCUCCACUGCAACGACCACCAGGAGGACGACGCCUACCUCCACUGCAACGACCACCAGGAGGACGACGCCUACCUCCACUGCAACGACCACCAGGAGGACGACGCCUACCUCCACUGCAACGACCACCAGGAGGACGACGCCUACCUCCACUGCAACGACCACCAGGAGGACGACGCCUACCUCCACUGCAACGACCACCAGGAGGACGACGCCUACCUCCACUGCAACGACCACCAGGAGGACGACGCCGCCUACCUCCACUGCAACGACCACCAGGAAGACGACACCUACCUCCACUGCAACGACCACCAGGAGGACGACGCACCUACCUCCACUGCAACGACCACCAGGAGGACGACACCUACCUCCACUGCAACGACCACCAGGAGGACAACACCGCCUACCUCUACUGCAACGACCACCAGGAAGACGACACCUACCUCCACGACUCGCAUAACUGAAAUGACAACCACGCUGUCUACCUCCACGACUCCCGUAACUGAAACAACCACGCCGCUGUCUACCUCCACGACUCCCGUAACUGAAACAACCACGCCGCUGUCUACCUCCACGACUCCCGUAACUGAAACAACCACGCCGCUGUCUACCUCCACGACUCCCGUAACUGAAACAACCACGCCGCUGUCUACCUCCACGACUCCCGUAACUGAGACAACCACGACGUAUACCUCCACGACUCCCAUAACUGAAAUGACAACCACGCUGUCUACCUCCACGACUCCCAUAACUGAAAUGACAACCACGCCGUCUACCUCCACGACUCCCGUAACUGAAACAACCACGCCGUCUACAUCCACAACUCCCAUAACUGAAACGACCACGCCGCCGUCUACCUCCACGACUCCCGUACUGAGACAAACCACGACGUAUACCUCCACGACUCCAUAA